GUGUAUUACUAUUUUUAAUAUGUAUAUCUUCGAAUAUUAAGGGAAAUAUCGCAAUUCAGUACAUUUCAUAAUGUAUUUAAAAAUAACUAUGUGUAUGGGUGUCAAGUACGCGAUUUGCAAGCAGUUUUAUCUGUAGCGAGAGAAAAUCAAUACUAAUUUUUGACACUACUGCUUACGAAGAUGCGUGCACCAGGGCUGAAUUGUUCGGGCAGCCUUUGCCUGAUAGAGAAGAAUUUUUGGAAAAACACAAAUACAUGGAUGUUGUUGAAUUCGAGGAAGUGGAUAUAAGAACAGCUGAGAAUACGGCAAUGUUAGAUGACGACCUGAAACACGCGAAUAGUGGCUUAACCGAGUUGAAUACGAUUCUCUCCUCUACACAAACGAAAUUAAAUCGUCUAAAGGGUGUUUGCGGUAGUUUAACGAAUUUUUUUCGCGUCAAACUAACUUCAAAAGAUAAUCUAUCUUAUUCGAGUGAACCGAGUUACAUCGGUCAAGUAAAUUAUUCAAAUAAUAUCCCUAAAGAUACGGACGGAAUAAACACUGGUCUCGGUCCUGAAGAUAGCGAAUUUUCAAGAGUACCAAAAAUAAAAGAACAUGGCGCCGAUAUUAAUUCAGCGAUAGACGAUUUGAAAACGAUGAAGAAAAUUGAGAAAACACCGAUAUUAAGGAUCGAUAAACAAGUGGACUCACAGAAUUCUAAGUUAGAUAACUUGAUAAUGCAAGCUGAUAAAGCUCAGUCGUCACUACAACAUCAGAAUAAGCAAAUGAGAAGUUUUCUACGAUAACUUAUUGCGAUACAAUGGUUCACAUUUGGCCAGUACAGUUGGACAGUAACUGGAAUAGAAUUCAACUGGCAUAAUGUCGACACUAACUGGCGCCAGUGAGUCCAUACAAUCAAUACAUGGCUUGCAUUACUGUCUCAUACUAGCCAAGUGUGAACAAUAAAACACAGUGGGUUUUUGCAGCCGAAACAACUAAACAUAUAGUCAUCUCUAUCACUCUCUUGGGAAAAAAAGAGAUAACGUUAUUGUUGUAUUGUGGCAGUUGAAACUAUCGUAUAGUUGUAUUCAAUAGAAAUGAGAAAUAUUAACAAACCUAUUUAUUUUACAGUAAAAUCACAGAGUUAAUAGAAAUAGAUAUGUUUGUAUGUUUAAUGUAAACGCUAAAAUCAUCAUCUCUCCUGCCUUAUCCUACUCCCGUAGGGUCGGCGCACCGGGUUUUCGUCC